AUGGAUUAUCAACGACUCCUCUGUCCCCUGUCGGUGAUUUCUAGCUUCGGUCUUCACCCAUAUCUGGUACAUCGAAUCCCACAACCACCGUCUUUAGUGCUAGCUGAAAAAGAAGAUGAAAAUGGCUUCUUCAAGCUCCAUUGUAAAGUUAAUACACCUGCUGCUGUGAAUGCUUUUCUUGAAUACUGGAAGCCAUAUGCACUUGUGCUAGUAGAAAGUGAACUAUGGCCAAAUCUUGUUCUUAUUGCCUCAGCAAAUGGUGUUAUGCUAACAUUUCCAACACCAAUAAUUGAUGUUAUCCAAAUUUUCACUCAUAGUUCCGUUGUAAUGGUAUCAGUUCAUAGGGCCUUAGUGAAAAAGCACAUCAAUAUUCUUGCCAUAAUUGCUCCUAGGCAUCCAGAUCUAGGGCAGGAGAUUGCUCUUGUAAAUCUGAUCUGA